AUGGCGGGACACUUUCGCGGCAGCAUGCCGGCCGUCAGCACGGCAUACCCCCAGCAGCCCCAAUUUUCCGGCUUCAUGAAGCCAUGCCGGUUCGAGGGUGAGGUCGGCAAUCUGGAGAUUGAGGGCACGCUGCCGCCCGAGAUCAACGGCACCUUUUACCGGGUCAUGCCCGACCCGCAGUUUCCGCCGUACAUCCUGGACGACCCGUGGUUCAACGGCGACGGCAACGUCAGCGCCUUCAAAUUCCACCACGGAGCAGUCGACUUUAAGCAGCGCUAUGUGCGCACGGAAAAGUUUGUGCGCGAGCGGGAGGCCAAGCGGACGCUUCUGGGCAAGUACCGCAACAAGUACACGGAUGCGGUCGACUUCAAGAUCCGCACGACGGCCAACACCAACAUCUUUUACUUUAACAAGAUGCUGCUGGCCAUCAAGGAGGAUGCGCUGCCGUAUGCCAUGGAUCCGAUCACGCUCGAGACCAUUGGCCUGCACGACUUUGACGGCCAGAUGCCCAGCCUGACGUACACGGCCCAUCCCAAGGUCGACCCGACGACCAAGGAGAUGAUCGGGUUCGGCUACGAGGCCCGUGGCGACGGCACGCCCGACGUCUGCUACACCAACGUCAGCCCAGACGGCAAGGUCACCCAGAUUGUCUGGCUGGUGGCGCCGGUCGUGGCCAUGAUCCACGACUUUGCCGUGACGAAGAACUGGGUCCUCUUUCCCAUCAUCCCGCAGGUCUGCGACCUCGAAGAGAUGAAGAAGGGCGGCGAGCACUGGCGGUGGGACUCCAACGUGCCCUUUUACCUCGGCGUGCUCCCGCGUUAUGGUGCGACGGGUGCGGAUGUCAAGUGGUUCCGCGCACCCAACGCCUUCCCAGGCCACACGACCAACGCGUACGAGAAUGAGGCGGGCGAGAUCGUCUUCGACCUCCCGCUGACGGACAAGAACGUCUUCUUCUGGUGGCCCGACGCUCAGGGCAACGCGCCGGCACCGCAAGACAUCCACGCGCGCUACGUACGGUUCACGUUCGACCCCAAGACGGACAACCUGGACCUGCCGGAGCCGGAGGUGAUCCAGGACUGCGACAUGGAGUUCCCGCGCAUCGACGACCGGGUCGGCACCCAGCGUCACCGCCACAGCUUCUUCGAUGUCAUGGUGCCGUCGGCCGGCACCGACUUUGCGGCCAUCAUGCCGGUGCUCGGCGGCGGCCACCCGCUGUACAACUGCAUCGGCCACCUGGACCAUGAGACCGGCCUGUACGAGACGUACUCACCUGGCCGCACGCACAUGGUACAAGAGCCCAUCUUCGUGCCGCGAUCCGACGACGCGCCCGAGGGUGACGGCUUCGUCAUCGUGCUCGUCAACAACUACGCCACCCAGUCGAGCGAGCUGCACGUCGUCGACACCCGGAACUUCUCCAAGGCCCAGGCAAUCGUGCGCCUCAACAUGCGUCUGCGCGCCGGCCUGCACGGCAACUGGGUCGAUGCGCGGGAGCUGGAGGCAUAG